UGCUAUGUGGCGCUUGCAGCGGUCACUAACGUAACUAACCCGUGACCCGUCUCUCCCAUAGGGGAUCGCCAGCUGUCCAGGUCUCUAGUAUAGAGUAGGUCGUGACAGCCACCAUAUUAACUGAAGGGGACAAGUGGAUCGACUCGUUGCCGACGCAAUCCUAUCCAAAGCCGGUGUCAAACCAGGUCACGUGACGGCCGCCCAGCCGCGCCGAGGGAGACGCGAGACGCGGAAAGUUGGAGAUCAGGAACGCGCGUUUUCUGUGCGUGCUGGUGUUGUUUUGGGCAGCAUGUCACUUUCUACAUUAAAGCAACGGAAGCUGAAGACCCUCACACUUGCAAAGAAGUGUGAGGUCAUAAAAGCCGUUGAAGCAGGUGAGAAAUCAAAAGGACAGAUUGCUUCGGCGUUUGGGAUACCGAAGAGCACGCUAUCGACAAUUCUGUCGAAAAAGUCGAAGAUUUUGUUGAGCGCCAGCAGUGGAUCAUGCCCAAGAACUAGAAAAAGGCUUCGAAUGGGAAAGAACCCAAAGUUGGAAGAAGCUCUUGUACAUUGGAUAGGAGUUGCACGCAGCAAGAACAUCCCAAUUGGCGGCCCGGUCAUCAAAGAAAAGGCAACUGUGCUCGCCUUAAGGCUUGGAAUCAGUGAUUUCAAAUGCAGCGAAGGCUGGCUGGCAGGAUUUAAGGCAAGACAUGGAUUGACAGUUCGAACAGUUUCUGGAGAGGCCAAGUCAGUUGAUAUGAAUGUGGUUGAAGACUGGGUGGCCACAGGGCUACAGCACUUGCUUCGAAAGUUCAAGCCAGAUGAUAUAUUUAAUGCAGAUGAAACUGGAUUGUUCUAUAAAAUGCUGCCUCGUAAGACCAUUGCCUUCAAGGAUGAUCCGUGCAAGGGAGGAAAGCUGAGCAAGGAAAGACUCACGGUCCUAGUAGGGUCGAACAUGACUGGUACCGAAAAGCUUCGGCUUCUAAUUGUAGGGAAAUCCGCCAAACCUAGAUGCUUCCGUGGGAUACGUUCCCUUCCUGCUGAUUACGAGGCCAACAAGAAUGCGUGGGUCACAAAGCUAAUCUUCGAAAAGUGGCUAAGGAAACUUGAUCGUGUGUACUCAGCGAAGGGCAGAAAGAUUGCAUUGAUUGUGGACAAUUGCUCCAGUCAUUUUACUGUGGAAGGACUUAAGUCUGUCACGCUAUGCUUUUUCCCCCCCAACACAACUUGCUUGUCACAACCAAUGGACCAAGGAGUUAUAAAAAACCUGAAGUACCAUUACCGAAAUAGGCUACUUUCGAGGAUACUGGUGUCAAUGGAUGCUGGAAAAAGCUACCAAAUUGAUGUCCUAGGAGCUAUACACAUGCUAACAGCUUCUUGGGCAGCUGUUGAACCUCAAACCAUCAGCAACUGCUUUAAGAAAGCAGGUUUCCUUGAAGCAGACGUGGUACAUGAAGAUGAAUCAACUUCAGAACCAGAGCUUAGUGACCAGUUUCGUGCCAAGGGACUCCUGGACAUGGACUUCAGUCAUUAUGUAACCUCAGAUGAUCAUUUGGAUGUGUGUGCUGAGGAAUCCCUUGAUGACCUAUUUGACGAAGUUUGUUUUGCUCAGGAUGAAGAGCAGAUGCCUGAGCCACUAGAGUAUGAAAGAAAAAAACCCUCAGUGCAGGAAGUUUGUUCUGCCCUCGAUGUUCUGCAAAACUAUGUGGAGUUAGAGGAUGAAAGUGGGGAAAUUUUGCAGUCCCUACAAAGGGUUCAGGGCUUUGUAAGCAGAGUUAUGUACACAAAGCAAAAGAAAAUACCAGAUUACUUCCAGAGCUGUGAAAGCAUUGCCACAUCCAGCACUGAUUGGCAUUGAAUGUAUUUUGUGAUCAACGGAAUGGUGAAAAUAAAGUUCACGCUAUAUGGCAAUUAAUUAAUCAAUCUUACUGGCCAGUGCAACAGUUUUGAGAGCAGUUUGCAACAAAACU